CCCCCCCCCCCCCCCCCGCGCGCGUGGGGACCGGCAUUUACUGUCCCGCUGCUCCGUUCCCUGGUGGUUGCGCCUGCAGGUGGCAUUCAUGUCGAGGCCAUUCAAGGCAGCGCCGCCGCGUCGUCAGAGGAGGAUGGGCGCGCCGCGCCCUGGGUGGCGGUUGGCUCGAGGCGCCGUCCGCGACGGGACGGGCCUUUACGCCGACGAGACAGGCGUCCGGCGGGGCUCGGGGACAGCCUGGCCGAGGAGCGGAGGCGUCUCUUCUUAAGGAGGACGCACGGGCGGUGCUUUCGCUGCCUCAGCAAGUAUCACCGCGCUCGUUCCUGCCGUGAGCCGCUGCGCUGCCUGGACUACGACGGGCUUGGUCACCGCGCUCGCCUCUGCCCGGUGCGUGACGUGCCGCCGCCUCCUCCACCACCUCGUCCUCGCCCUCCUUCCUCCAGCAGGCCGGGCGACGGGCGGUCCUGGGCGGACGUUGUCUCUUCCCCACGCCACGGCUGCCCUCCCCCUCCCUGACGUCUCCCCGAGCUGGCCUCUGUUGCCAUGGCGCAGCACGGCCUUGGCGCGCCGGAGUCCAGGCCCGAGGAGGACACUUGCAUCAUCGCCGCCACGUUCGAGCUCGACCGCGACAGGCGCACCUGGGAGCAGACGGCGGCCAUCGCCUGGGCCGCGGAUGCGUCGCGCCGGCUCGCUCCUGCUGCUGUGGAGCGCCUCCUUUGGGACCAUCUCCGCCUGCGUCGGGGCGACGUGGUCGUCAGCAGCCACUACCCGGAGGAAUUCCUCCUCAAGUUCGAGAGCAAGGAGAUGUGCACUGUCGCACUGGACAAGGGCCGGCUGAAGAUGAAUGACGACACGCAAGUCUUCGUCAGGCCGUGGCGGCCGCUGGCUCAUGCGCUGGGCGCGGCCAUGCCUUUCCGCGCGAGGCUGCUUGUGGAUGGGGUGCCGACCUAUGUCUGGACGCACUCCAUCGUUGAGCGGGUCAUCGGGCGCACCUGCACCCUCGACGUCAUGGACGAGCGCUCCAUCUCCAUGACGGACACGCGCGAGAUCGGUCUGUGGGCAUGGACGAGCAACCCGAGUCGGAUUUCGAAGGUGGUCUGGCUGACGUUUACGUCGCGCGCGCCGGACGGCGUGCGUGUCACCGAAAAUAUAUUUUUGAGCAGGUGCGCCCCGGCCCGCUUACCCUAUGCGUCCAUAUCCUUAGGGAUCUGUGCCAGCCGUUCCCUAGCCAUCCCCAGGAGCAUGCUUGGCGGCAGGAGAGGUGGAUUCAUCUGAGAUAGAACAUGAACAGUACCUAAAUCUGAGCAGAGGCGCGAGUGGCUGGGACAAGAGGAGGCGCGCAUCCAGCCGCGGUUCCGGGCCGGCGGCACCGGCACGAGUUUCGCCGCCGGUGCUUAUCCAGCGCCGGGGCACAGCGCGCAACACCGUCGGUGACGCCCUGCGCCGCCGUGUAUUCUCCGGAUCCACCACAGAUGGCUAGUAGGUAUUGGGCGCACAUCAGAAGAGUGAUUAGCCCCGGAUCCAUUUGUUUUGCAGGCCAGACUAGGAACGGGGUUGAGGCAGCAAUAGCUGUGAGGUGUUCAUAUUUACGCCGUCCUCAUGCAGAACUACAGCAAGCUCAACAAGCUGCCCAGGAUCGUUGACGAAGAUGAAUCAGACAGGGGCGACGGGUAUAUAACGGUCCUACUUUUAGAUGUUCAGUGCAGAAGGUUUACUCUGUUAUAUGACAGUUUGACGUAAGCGUUUGUGUUGGGCGCAAGCGUUUGUAUGAUAAUGAUCUGGAUUGGCUAUGAAGACUGAUUUAUUGUGUCGUCAACCCAUGUAAUGAACUUGAAUGUUGAGUACAGCUACGUUCAUCGGACAUGACCAAAA